AUGCAAAACCCCCAUCAACAGUUGGUCAGGGCCACUUCCAGGAGACCCAAGCAGGAUCUGCUGUCACAGGCUCCAGGGAAAACAAAAGGGCUGAUCAAGUUUCUGUCCAGCCUCUCCCAGAGAGGACAGGAUAGACAGGGUGGUGGUGAUGUCAUGCUGAGUUAUAACGGAAUGAAGAGAUCUCAGAGUACAGGGCAGACAGCAAAGAAGGAGCGCCAGCCUCGGAGGAGGAACAAGAAAGGUCAAGGUUCCUCUAAGGGUCUCUUUCCUUCUCCUGCUAGGAAACCCUCAUUCCCCUUCCAGUGGGCCUGGGAGAGCUACAUCACAGAUGGCCUGGCUCUGCUUCAGCAGGACUCGUUUGAGGCUGCUAGCCAACAAUCCCUAUGGCCCUUAUCAUCAGGCAUGUCCAAGCUCAGGUCCAGGCACAAGUCCACAAUCAACCUCCCAGAGGCCCUUGACUUCUGUCAGAAGAUGGAGGCCCAAAACCCAGAGAGGAAGCAGCGGCUGUCAACAUGGGGAGAAGACCCCCGGCCUCCUGAUAAAGCUGAGAACAAGGCUGAAUCAGGAUCAGAGUCUGAAGAGAAUGAGGAGGCCUCAGAGUCAGAAAGCUCUGAGGUUGAGGAGGCUGAAGAGGUUCCGAGCUCUAAGGAACCGCCCCAGCUCCACAGGAGAGACGCCAUCUUGGAUGAGGAACAGUUCUCAGAUAUAUCAGAAGAGGCUGAAGAGGGGGCGCCUCAAACCUUCCAUGAAAGGAAGGACAGCUCUAAGAAAAAGGAGAAUUCCGAGGAGGCCUUAGAAGAAGGGGACCUACAAGGCCAGAGCCACGAAAAGGGUGCCAACUCCAGCAGCCUCCGAGGGCUGCUGAAGGGAAAGUCAAGGCCCAAGGACUUGGAGGGGCCCUGGGACCUGGAGAAGCUACACAAACAGUUACAGCAAGAAUUGGACAGUAAUGGCUCCCAGAAGCCGACGUGGAAGGCACUGCACGCUGCUCUCCGGGCCUCCAAUAAGAAUGCAAAAGCCCAUACCUUGGGAGAUGAUGAAACAUUCCUGUCUGCCAACCUCCCUAAUCGCACCUUCCACAAACGACAGGAAGCUACCAGAAGCCUGUUGCUGGCCUGGGAGCGGCAGCAGCAGGAGGAGCGCCAGCAGGCUGAGAUGCGAAGGGCCCGGGAACAGCGAGUUCAGCACCAGGUGGCCCGUUGUCUGGCAGCCUAUGCACCCCGAGGGAGCAAAGGUUCCGGGACUACCCAGCACAAGCUGGAGGAGCUGAGGCGCCAGGAGCGACAGCGCUUUGUUGAGUACCAGACUGAGCUGCAAGGCAUCCGGCACCGGGUGCAGGCCCGACCCUUCCUAUUCCAGCAGGCCAUGCAGGCCAACGCUCGGCUCACUGUCACCCGGCGCUUCUCCCAGGUGCUGUCAGCCCUGGGUGUAGAUGAGGAGCUGCUGCUGGCUGAGGCAGGAAAGGGGCACGGGCACAAAGAGGGCACCUCCCGGAAGUCCAGGAGCCAUCGGUCAGUAGGGAUAAGAAUGAAGCCCUCUUCUCAGAGCCCCCCAAGAACAGAAGCCAUGGAUGCUCAGUCGGGCAGAUACUCUUCCCCAUGCCUGGUCCCAGAGAAACCCUCGAGAUAA